AGGAAGACUCUGCGGGAACACAUGAGAAUACAUAAAGACGAUAGACGUUUUAAGUGUGACCAUUGUGGGCAAGCGUUUGUUCAGAAGUGCAGUUGGCGUGGGCACAUGCGAGCGAAGCAUGGCGAAAAGGUCUAAUGACAUUCGCAUGUAAAAGGGUACGGUUGAAGUCUGACAGCAGGGAAACUGCUAAGACUGUAGCCAAUGAAAACAGUGAUACACCGAAAGUGACACUAGGUAAAGAGUUGACUAAGCACCGAACGAAUAUUAGAGAGAUUAUCCGUUGGUCCAACGCGACUCCGAUACGAUGUAGAGGUGGUAUAGGAUAUGCGUGCUGUUUCUGUUCAAACCAAUACCCGGAUCCAGCCGAUCUUAAACGACACACAAUAGACGGUCACGAUGAGGAAACCAAACGAGACUUCAUGAAAGGCAAAGAUAUGUACGGCUUCUUUGUCAAAUUGGACAUCACGUCCCUCGUGUGCAAUAUUUGCCUGCGGAAUAUCAACACCCUUGAAAAUCUAAUGACGCACCUCAAGGAGGAACACGACAAGAACAUACACACGGAUAUCAAUAACCACAUACUGCCGUUCAAAUUCGAAAGCGAGACGCUCAAGUGUUUCAUAUGCUUGAACGUUUUCAACAAAUUCAAAGCCUUGCAAGAGCACAUGCACACGCAUUACAGGAAUUUCAUUUGCGAAGUGUGCGACGCCGGCUUUGUGAAUAAGCACCUGCUGCUGUGCCACAGGGAGGGCCAUAAGAAAGGCACGUUUGAGUGCAAGCAGUGCACGGACGUGUUCGACACGGUGCGCAAAAUGAAGCAGCACGUGCGGAAAGUGCACAACGGAAGCCUGCCGCACAAAUGCGGUUAUUGCAACGAGAGAUUCAAAGAGAACUUUCACAAGAACGAACACUUGGCGAAGGUGCACGGUGUCGUAGGGCCGGCCAUUAAGUGCCAAGCGUGCGAUAGGACGUUCGCCACGCAACAGACGUGGUUGUUGCACACGAAGAAGUAUCAUCUGAUGCAGAGGCAGUAUAAAUGCUCCCGCUGCGAAAUGGACUUCUUUUCGAAGAGGGAACUCAAUGAUCACAUGGUGAAGCAUACAGGGACUAGAGAGUAUAGAUGCGAUAUAUGCUUUAAGUGUUACGGGCGGUUGAAGACGCUCAAGGAGCACCUGCGGAGACUGCAUUCGGACGAAAGAAGAAGGAACUGAGAUCGUUAAAAUAGUGCUUUCUGCGCUCAUCUUAAGGUUGAAUGCCGUGUGACAAUUUAUUAUAAAGAGAAUCUUAGCAUAAGUCAAGAUAUUAUUUAAACUCGACGUCAAAUGUAUCGUAAACAGAUCUUAUUAUUAUUUAAUUUUGUACGGUUGCAUGUAUGUUUGUUUGAUGUUUACAUAUUUAUUGAAGU